AUGGAACGAGAAAUGGAAGAAAAUGAAGUGAGGAAAGAAAAGAAAAAAAGAAGAGAGAGGAAGAGAGAGAAAGAAAGAGAGGGGGGAGAGGAAAAAGAUAGAAGAGAGAGAGAGAGAGAGAGAGGGAACGAGCUAGAGAAAAGAGGAAGACAGAGAGGGAGAGAAAACGAGAGGGAGAGAAAUAGUAAGAAAGAUGAAAAGGGAAGGAAUGAAGUAAGGAAAAGAGAGGAAGAAAGAAAAAGAGAGAGGGAAAGAGAAAGGGAG